AUGUCCGGGUCGUUAAAAUCUCUAGACAAGAAAAUAGCUAAAAGAAGGCAGGUGUAUAAGCCCGUGCUAGACAAUCCGUUCACAAACGAAGCACAUAUGUGGCCGCGCGUGCAUGAUCAGCCAUUGAUUUGGCAGCUGCUGCAAUCCUCUAUCAUAAAUAAGUUGAUUCACAUUCAAUCGAAGGAGAACUACCCUUGGGAGCUGUAUACAGAUUUCAAUGAAAUUGUGCAGUAUUUGAGCGGCGCUCACGGAAACAGCGACCCAGUAUGUCUAUUUGUGUGCAAUAAGGACCCUGAUGUACCGCUUGUGCUCUUGCAGCAAAUCCCGCUAUUAUGCUAUAUGGCGCCCAUGACGGUUAAACUGGUGCAGUUGCCCAAGAGUGCCAUGGAUACCUUCAAGUCGGUUUCUAAAUAUGGAAUGCUGCUGCUGCGGUGCGACGAUAGGGUCGACAAGAAAUUCGUAUCGCAGAUCCAGAAGAACGUUGAUCUGCUUCAGUUUCCCUGGUUAAAUGCUAUCAAGUAUCGGCCCACAUCUGUCAAGCUGUUGAAAACUACAGUGCCAAUUGUCUCGAAGAAGAGGCAAAAGUAG